AUGAAGAGAAAUAGUUUAACUAUCAGCCAAGCACGAUCGACAUGUACAUUUAAAACUUUGGGUAUUUUGUUUUUAACUUCGUCAUUGUUGGUCACACAAUCGCGCACACAGUCAUCAAACGGUCGCAACAAUCCGCCACUGGCCGUCUCGUACUUGGAUCAGCUUGAGUACUCCCAACCCGGGGACAUCAACAUCGGAGUUCUCGUGACCUUGACCGAGCUGAAAGGCAAUACCUGCAGCAAUAAACUGGUCGCCGGGUCGCUGGCGCUGGAACUGUCCGAGGUCCUGCCUUUUGUGGUCAAGCAGGUUAACGAUGACCCAGGGCUACUCCCCAACGUGACGCUGGGGUUUGUUGUCCUCAACGACUGCAACAACCCCAACAUUGCUAUGGCGAGAUCGUUGAGUUUCCUACCGCGCGUUAAAGAUUUCAACUCCACAGACGGUUCCAGAAAUAUCGACUACGGUACAUCCGCCAUGCCGUAUUACAACGUCAUCGGCGUCGUUUCCCCUCAGGUGAGUCAGUCCACGGUUAUGAUAACCGGGCUACUGGCUACUACGAAAAUCCCAGUCAUAGGUAGCAGUGCUACCAGCGAUAGCCUCAGCGACAAAACCUUGUAUCCUUUCUUCAUGCGGGUCGCCCCGCCCGACAAAUACCAAGUCGCCGCGAUGGUCAACUUCAUAAAAGACAACAAAUGGAACUACAUCUCGGUUGUAUACAUCACCGGAUCCUACGGUGAAAAAGCUUUCGAUAAUCUCAAAACCGCGACGCACGAUUACGGGAUCUGCAUCGCCGCAUCGCACCGUGUCGAUGAGAAGUCAAACUACAACAGCAUUGUGAAAAACUUGUUGAGUUAUCCCCGUGCACGGGUGGUCAUUCUGUUCAUGUACGCCGUACAGGCUAAGAAUCUGUUCGACAAUGUUAGAGUUCUGAACGCUACUGGUCACUUCAUCUGGUUGGGGAGCGACGGUCUAGGAUCCAUCUUCAGGACGAGCUACAAAGGCUACGAGAGUGACGUCAUGGGGAUGUUUACAUUCAGGUUCUACGCUUCGGUGGUUCCGGAGUAUUACCAGUACCUUCGGUCACGUGACCCGGCCAACUCGACCAACCCGUGGUUGAAACCGGCCUGGGAGCAGCUGGCCAACUGCUCCCUGGCCAACAAGACCUGCGACCCCAACUUGAACAUUUUAGAAUCCAGCGCCUUUUCCUUCCUGGACGUGACGUCACUGUACAUGGACGGAGCGUUGACGCUGGCGCACGGCGCGCACGACAUGCGCACCAACACCUGCCCAGGUGCAACAGGUGAGGCGCUCCGAGACUGUAUUAAAGGUGACCUGUUCUUAAGCUACUUAAAAAACGUCUCAUUCGAUAGCUAUAACGGGCACAUAUACUACGACAACCUCGGUGAUAUCAAAGGGCUUUAUCAAAUUCGCCAAGUAGUAAUGGACUACGUAGACAUUAGUUUCAUUAAUAAAACAUCCACUUUAGGCCCAGAGCAUAAGUUAAUCGCUAUAUACGACACGCAAAGAAAAACCAUAAACUACACCAGCCGAGCCAUUAGGUGGGAUUUUUAUAAUGCAGAGGAGCCGGUUGUACCACUGAGGGAGGGUGAGGUUCGGGUAGUUCCGGAGUCGGUGUGUAGCCGGCCCUGUGGGGUCGGGGAAUACGUCAUCCAGAAGGAGCUGGAGUGCUGCUGGGAGUGUCUGCGGUGCCGGGACAACGAGCGAAUCGUCAGGAACGGCACCGGAUGUCAGGUGUGCGACGUCUUCACGUGGCCCGACGAGGCGUCCAACUACACGACGUGCGUGGACAUCGCGCUGACGUACCACUCCGUCACCGACACGCUCCCGCUGAUACAGCUGUGCGUCGGGGUCGCCGCCAUCGUCUGCGCGGUCCUGAUCGUCGUCUGCUACGUGCGCUACCGGGAGGUCAAGGUCAUCAAGGCCGCGAGCCGGGAGCUGAGCAUUCUCCAGAUGGUCGCCAUCUUUGUCGGCUACCUGACGGUCAUCCUCUUCCAGACGACCCCCACCCCCGGGACGUGUGGGACACUCUACUUCCUCUUCUGCUUGAGUUUCACGUGGCUGUACGCGCCUCUGCUGGUCAAGGUCAUACGUAUCUACCGUAUCUUCGAGAGCGGGUCCAAGAACAACCAGCGGCCACGGUUCAUCAGCCCUCAAUCUCAACUGACCAUGACGGCCAUUUUGAUUGCUGUACAGAUCAUCAUCUGCCUCUACAUCUACGCCGUCUACAAACCUACGUCACGUAAAACUCAACCAAUCGCCACCGAGAAAUUCGUCGAGCUUUCCUGUCACAUGACCCUGCCGGGCCUGACCUCCUUCCUAGUCUACAACCUCGUUCUCAUCGUCUUGUGCUCCGUCUUCGCCUUCAAAACCCGCAAACUCCCCGACAACUUUAACGAGUCGCGCUUCAUCUCCAUGUGCGUCUCCACCACACUCAUCAUCUGGCUGGCUUUCAUCACCACCUACUUCACGGCUAGCCGAGAUUUCGUCCGUGUUCUCGUCCUCUCCGUUACUCUACUACUAAACCACUCAGUGGCGAUCAUCUUUCUGUACGCGCCAAAGAUCUACGCCGCAGUGUACCUGGCGCCAGAGAACUUCAUCACCACAAGGUUCCUGACCAACGACACCAACGCCUCAGGAAGCAACAUCCCCAGAAAACAGAACCGUGUCGCACCAAUUCCGAGUUCCAGUACCAUCGAGUCUCCGAAAUUUUAA